UGAAACCCUAGCCACCUCUCUCUCUCUCUCUCUCAAAACCGUGAGCCUCUUUGUGAGAGAAAGAAUUUUUCUCCCAACAAAAGUUCUGCAAAAAACUUCUGUUCUUAAAGUUGUGAGAUUUUGCUAGUCUAUAAAAUCUCAAAACGGCGAUAGUCUGUCUUCGUGAGGAUACCAAUCAUGCACUUCUACAUUGAAGUGAUUUGCAAAUCUAUUAUCAAAUUGAAGGAGCCUCCAACACUGGAUCUUCUGAUUUUACUUCUGGAAGACCAUCUUAUUAUCCACACUCAGGACUGUCACAAGGUUCUAAUUUUGGACCUCCUAACCAUUGCACUGGAGUUAGCAUGAAUUCAAGAUCACUAGUGCAGUCAUCAAAGGAUUUCUCCACACAGUCUUCUUCUGGUUUUGCUUCACCAACACAUCAGUCCUCUGCAUCUAGACCUGCAAACACAAACAGUCAGGUGUUCAUGGCUCAAUCCCAGACUCAAAAUCAGAACCACACCCCUGCAGCAAUCAAUUAUGUUGCCACACCUUCAGCUGUUCAGGAUGCAGCAUAGUACAUGGACUCUGGAGCAACAGACCAUGUCACUUCUGAUUUUGGACAAUUAACAGCAAGCACUAGCUACACUUGCAGUGAGCAGCUCCAAGUGGGAAAUGGUGAGUUCCUCUCAAUCUCUCAUAUUGGUUCUUCUUGGUUAUCUUGUCCUGGUAGAAAAUUGCAUCUUAGGAAUGUUCUUUAUGUCCCUACAAUUACAAAAAAACCUAUCUAAAUUUACUAAAGAUAAUGAAGUAUUUGUUGAAUUUUACUCUAGCUACUGUUUGGUUAAGGACAAGUCUUCCAAAGCAAUUCUUCUUCAAGGAAUGCUUAAGGAUGGUCUAUACCGACUUCCGCCUUCAAUCUCUACUUCUUUAAACUCUACUGAAGACUUGGCAGCUUCAGUCAAUCAUCAGCUUCAUGAUAAUAAUUCAGUGCCUUCUUUCAGCACUUGUAUUUUGCCUUUAGUAUCUACAAAUAACUCUAAGUGUCUAUCAAGUUGUGCCUUAUCUGCUUGCCAACCAUGUCUGCAUUGUAAUAAGUUUUCUGUUACAGCACCUAAUUCUGUCAAUACUGUUACAGAAUAUAACUCUGAAAAUGUAUCUUCUUUUUGUUUUGCUUAUGAUAUAAAUAAAAUGCAUGGUAUGCAAUCAUUUCCUGCUCAAAGAACUGAUGUUAUGUUGUGGCAUAGGAGAUUAAGACACCCAAAUAGUUCUGUUUUAACUAAAAUCCUAACUGAUCUUAAAGUACCUCACUCAUCCAAGACUGAUUACACCUUUUGCCAAGCAUGCCAGUUUGGAAAAUUAAAGCAGUCCAUAUAUCCUAGGUCCUCUUCCCAGUCAGCUAAACCUCUUGAUCUGAUAUAUUUAGAUCUUUGGGGACCAUCCCCUGUCUCUUCACCUGAGAGAUUCAAGUACUACAUCCAGUUUUUGGAUGAUCACAGUCGGUUCACCUGGAUAUUUCCCUUGAAAAAUAAGUCUGAAACUUACUCUAUCUUCACUCAAUUCCAUAAGUUAGUAGAAAGACAAUUUAGUUCAACCUCGAAAUGUGUUCAAACUGAUUGGGGAGGAGAAUUUAGGGUCUUGCACCUUACUUUGCUCAACAUGGUAUUCCUUUUAGGCACCCGUGUCCACACACCCACCAACAAAAUGGUAGAGUAGAAAGGAAACAUAGACAAAUUGUUGAGCAAGGCCUAACCUUGUUAGCACAAGCUCACAUGCCUCUCAAAUUCUGGUGGCAUGCCUUUCAAACUGCAGUUUAUUUAACCAACAGACUUCCCUCUCCAGUGCUCUCCAAUCUCUCUCCAUUUCAAAAACUAUUUCAUCAUUCCCCAAACUACUCUCACAUAAAGGUCUUUGGUUGUGCUGCUUAUCCAUUCCUUAGGCCCUAUAACCAUCACAAAUUUGAUUUUCAUACCACUAAAUGCACCUUUAUUGGUUUCAGUUUGCAACACAAAAGAUACAAAUGUCUUGCUCCUAGUGGUCGAAUCUUUAUAUGUCAAAGUGUCAAAUUUGAUGAAAUGGACUUUCCUUUCAUCACUCCUAAAAUUUCUAGUGUUUCAACUUCUUGUAUAGACCUUAUACAAUCAUCAGCUGGUUCUGUUUUUUAGUCUACGUAGCAUGUUCCUAGUUCUAUGCUCCCUUCCUCCUCACAGCAUCUGUCAUCUUUUGUGUCUCCUUUAUUGCCUGAUAAUCCCACGAGUCACUCUCAAACACCUCACUCUUCAACAUCAAUGACUGACCAACCUGUUUCUACUCCACUGGUUGAAGAGUCUCCAUCCGCUUCUCCUUGUCCUACUGCAUAUGUUGAAGAGUCUACAUCUUCUUCUCCUUGUCCUACUACAUAUGAUCAGGUCUUCAAUAGGCAUGAUUUAUCUUUAGUUCAUGACAAUCCCAUUCAACCUGCUACUUCUCCUAUUAACCAUUGAUUCUAAUGCAUAUUUUGACACCAUACCAUUGAUUGUUGACUUAUCCUUUCCUCCAUCCAAUAUCUCAACCCAAAACACUCAUCAAAUGAUCACUCGGUCCAAAGCCAAAGCUCACACUACUGCCCUUAUUUCCACCUCUCACCUUGAUACCAAGGAACCAAACACUGUUUCGGAAGCACUCUCUUAUCCCUCUUGGACAGCUACUAUGCAGUCAGAAUUUGAAGCUCUUUUAGCUAAUCAAACCUGGGAACUAGUUCCACUAACUCCAGACAUGCAUCCAGUGGGCUGUAAAUGGGUGUUUAAAGUUAAACAUAAUGUUGAUGGUUAUAUCCAAAGGUUCAAAGCAAGAUUGGUUGCAAAAAGCUUCUAGCAAACACCUGGAAUUGACUACCUAGAAACCUUCAGUCCAGUUGUAAAAUCACCCACUGUUAGAGUUAUUCUCAGUCUAGCCGUGAGCCAUGAAUGGGACAUCUAGCAGGUUGAUAUUAACAAUGCAUUCUUGAAUGGUGAAUUAGCUGAAAAUGUGUAUAUGGUACAGCCAGAAGGGUUUGUGGAUUCUGCCACUCCUCAUCAUGUAUGCAGACUGAAAAAGGCACUCUAUGGGUUGGAGCACGCUCCAAGAGCCUGGUUUGACAAACUUAAAGCAACAUUUUUGGAUUGGAGCUUUGUAAAUUCAGUGGCUGAUCCAAGCUCAUUUAUUUUCCAGAAUCAAGACCAAGUAAUAUAUGUCUUAGUAUAUGUGGAUGAUAUACUCUUGAUAGGAAAUACUUCUCAGCUGAUUCAAGACACUGUCCAGAAGCUUAACACUCAAUUUGCUUUGAAGAUUCUUGGAUCUUUAAAAUAUUUUUUGGGCUAUGAGGUUACCUGAGAUGCAACUGGUCUUUACAUGAAUCAAGAAAAGUAUGCAAAGGACAUUCUCAUCAAAACCAAAAUGGUUGAUUGCAAACCAUGUUCUACCCCAAUGGUAGUCGGCACUAAACUAACUCCUGAUGACAGUGAUCUAUUUGACAAUCUUGCACUUUACCGCAGUACCAUUGGGGCCUUGCAAUACCUUAUUCAUCCAGACUAGACAUUGCUUAUUCAGUCAACAAACUGAGACAGUUUUUAAAGGCAUCCAGACAGCUACACUGGCAAACCUGUAAGAGGCUUCUAAGAUAUAUUAAAGGAACUUCUAAUUAUGGAGUUCACUUCACUAAGAGCCAUUAGUUUCAGCUGGAGUGUUUCACUGAUGCUGACUGGGCCAGCAGCUUGCAUGACAGAAGAUCAACAAGCAGCUGCUGUGUGUUUCUUGGAUCCAACUUAAUUAAGUGGUAUUCUAGAAAACAAAGAGUUGUUGCUCUGUCAUCUACUGAAAUAGAGUAUCGAGCCCUUGCACAAGGAUCAACUGAGAUUGUCUGGUUUUAUAGUCUAUUCACUGAGCUUGGACUGCAACUUUCUGGUAUUUCUAUCAUUUUGUGUGACAACCAAAGUGCUGGUUCAUUAGCCUCUAAUCCUGUCUUUCAUGGCAAGAUAAAACACAUUGAGCUUGAUGCUCAUUAUGUGAGAAAUCAAGUUACUAACAACAAACUGAAAGUUCAGUAUGUUCCUACUGAAUUUCAAAAAGCAGAUGUUCUUACUAAACCAUUGCCAACUUCCAAGUUUGCAACAUUUCGAGAAAAGCUCAAUAUACGAGCUCCUCCAUCAGUUUAAUCACUCUGCUGCUGCUGUUGCUGUGUUACUGGUGUUUUAAUAUUAGAGUUUUGCAGGGUUGAAAAUUUGUUUGGUGUUUGUUACAGAUGUUCUAGAAUUUCAGUUUUGAAGAGUUAAAGUUUUUUUGUUGAAGCUGUUCUGGAGUUUCAGUUUUGCAGGGUUGAAAAUUUGUUUGCUGUUCUGGAGUUUCAAUUUUGCAGGGUUAAAAAUUUGUUUGAUGUUUGUUGCAGCUGUUC